CAACAACAACAACAACAACAACAACAAAACAACAACAACCACCACCCCCGCGCAAUUGCGGACCGCGAUGGCGACGCAGGAAGAGUUGCCUGGGAUUGACUCGCGUGGCGUGUCGGCUGCGUUCUUGAAGCGGUUCUUGAACGGGCUAAAAGCACAGCAAGGCGCCAGCAAGUUUGCAGAGCUGACAACGCGGGAUGCGCGCGACUUGGUUGUGUUGCCGCGAACCAAGGCGCGGCAGUGUGCGUACGUGGAACUCGUGGCUGACGAGUCUCCGAGCGACGUGGGGCCCGCCAACAUCUUCGUCUCGCAUGCUUGGCGAUACAAGAUUGCGGACGUGCUUGGUGCCCUCAUCCAAUACGCAGAGGAUCGCCCCGAUGAGCAGUUUUUCUUCUGGUUUGACCUCUUCUUCAACAACCAGAACAUCCUGGCCAACCUCCCUCAGGAGUGGUGGAGUACGACGUUCAAGGAUUCCAUUGCGGCGAUUGGGCACGUGGUGCUGGUGCUGACACCGUGGAGCGACCCGAUCCCACUGACGAGAGCCUGGUGCCUGUGGGAGAUUUUCUGCUCGCUGAGCCAGGAGGAUGUGCAGCUGACCAUCCUCCUGCCACACGAGGAGCGCAAGGCGCUGGUGGCCACCAUCCUUGAGGACAGCGACGCCGUCACCGACACAAUGGUGCGGGUGCAGGCAGAGAAGGCCGAGGCGUGGAGCGCCGCAGACAAGGAGAUGAUCUUCAAGGCAAUUGAGGACAACGUCGGCUUCCAAACCCUCAACGAGAAGGUGAAGGACCAGAUGCGCGCGUGGUGUCUGGAUACGCUCGUGCAGCACAUUGACGACGCAUAUGCGCAGCUGGAAUCGCGCCCGUGGAUUGGCGCAGCGACAUCGACAGCAGCCGAGCCGCCAGUCAUUCGGGGCCAGACAGCCAAGGAGGAGGCAGACACGUUUGCAGCGCUGUGCUUCCAAGCCGGCACGACACUGCAGAAAUUCGGGCGCGCUGAUGAUGCAAUUCGCCUGCUGACCAUGGCCUUCAAACUGGAGACUGCGACGGGCCACCCCAACGCAGCAGGCUCGCUGCACCAGCUGGCAAUGGUGUACGGCGACACGGGCGAGUACCAGACUGCGGUGAGCAUGUACACGUGCUCGCUCAAGAUGAAGGAGCAGCAGUUUGGCCCCGACUCUGAGCACCUGGCGUCCUCGCACAACAACCUGGGAGACCUGUACCGUCGGCUGGGCGACCACGACCAGGCCAUCAUGCACAACACGCGCGCGGUGGAGAUUAUGAAGGCGGCGCGUGGGGAGCAGCACGAAAGCUUGGCCCAGCCCUUGUUCAACCUCGGCAUCGUGCACCAGUUUGUUGGCAACUACACGCUGGCGCGCAAGAACUUUGAGGAGACGGUGGGCGUCAUGCUUGAGACGCGUGGCGAGCACCACCCCUUGACGGCCUUCUCCUACGACGGGCUCGGCUGCAGCCUGCGGCGACUGGGCGAAUACGAGGCUUCGCGCACCGCGCACGAGAAGGCCAUAUCCGUGCUGCUGGUAACGCUUGGCAGGGAGCACAAGCGCACGGCGGAGGCGUACACGAACCUUGGCAACGUGUGCCAGGCCAUGGGAGACAAGGAGGCGGCAAUGCAGCACAUGGCGACGGCGGUGGAGAUUAGCAGCUCGGUGCUUGGCCGGGACAACACCACCACGGGCGUGUGCGUUGUGAACCUCGCGGGCGCGCACGAGGCGCUUGGCGAGGCAGACAAGGCGGCAGAGUUGUACCGUGAGGCGCUGGCUGUCUUUGAGAAGCACCUCGGCCCGCGCCACGAACACACGGCCUCCGUGCACCGCAACCUCGGCGACCUGUACGCGCAGGCGCGGGAGAACGACAAGGCGCUGCAGCACUACAACACGGCGCUCGACAUUGCGCUGGGUUCGGUUGGGGAGGAACACCCAACCACGGCGCUGACGUUGUACAACAUGGGCUCGCUACAUGACGUCAUGGGCCAAAAGCGCCAGGCGGUUGGGAUGAUGGAGCGCGCGCUGGCGGGGAUGAUGGCAUCCGCUGGGCCCAAUCAUCCGCACACGCAGCACAUCCAAGCAAAGCUGGCCGAGGCACGUGAGGGGUUGGAGCAGCAGCAGGAGCAGCAGCAGGAGAGCGAAGGUGAAGGUGAAGGUAGUGGUGAUGGUGGAAGGGCAUGUGGGGAGGGGGACAAGGGGGAGGAGAGCGUUGGUGACGAUGGCGAUAAUGCUGAUGCAAACGCUGAUGAUGAUGAUGAUGGGAGCGUCGAGGAGGUUGCGCGAGCACUCGGCCAAUAUGCCCUCAUUCUUUGAGUGUGAGAUGCAUGCAUGUGUGAGAGAGAGAGGGAGAGAGAGAGUGUGUGUGUGUGU